AUGACCACCAUGAUCCGCUUCAAAUUUAGUGCCAAAGAAAUCACAGCUCAGAAUCCAGUUCGGAUGAGUAAUUCUCUCAGAUCAAGUUAUUUAAACGCCUGUAAAGGACGUGAAGCGACCAUGACCAGAAAGGCCAGCAGAAGUGUUUUUUUCCUGGUCAUAAUCUUCCUGCUAAUGCCUGUGACCUGGACACGGAGAGGAGCACCGACUGAGACAUAUAAACCCUUAAACCAAAGACUGAGGAGGCUGGAUCAGCAGUUCAAAAGAUUUCAACAGAUGACCUUCACCCAUCUUAAGAGCAUUGCUGAAAACUGCAACAUUUCAAAUAACAUAGACUCGCGAUUCCAAGUUUUGAGUCGGCAGUUUGAGAGGAUGUCCAGAGAGCUCCGUGCAUUCAAGGAAACGACAGAUCACAGCCUGAAUUCCCUCAAAUCCUGGACUAAGAGUCUACAGAAAAAGACCAAGAGGCUUGAGUCGAGCCUAGCAAACAUGACGAGAGCUCUGAGGGAAAACAACCAUCUCAACCUUAGACAAAUCCAAAAGCAGAGAACAGGGUUGUCCAACUUGUCCCACAAGACCCAGAAACUGCAAAGUCACAUUGGCUCUUUGGAAUCCUUUAAGAAUCAGGUUCAACAUGGAAUGCGGGACCUUCAGGCCUCUCUCAAAAGGCAUCAGACCCAGAUAAUGAAGUUGGAGAGUCAGAUGCAAGGGUUGUUCAAGAUCAUUCCAACUUCCAAGGAAGGAGGAUUAGAUCCUCUCAAUUCUAUCAAGAAGCAACAAGGUGUGGUCCUGAGGCAUGUCCAGCCUAAACCGAAGUCUGAAGAAUACAGAAUGAGAGAUCGAUUGCGUUCUGGGCCCACCGAACAACCACAGACAAGCAAAAUAAGAGACAGACAAUAGCAGCUCUGGCAGAGCACCGUACAACCAACAGUUCAGGCUGAAGAGAAACCUUUUCUGCUUCCACUUCGACACAAAAUCCCACAUAUUCAAACCCCAAAGGAAGAAGCCAGAAUUUGCAAUGUGGGUUUGAUGCUUCUGUUCCCAUCUGCUUCCGCUGAAAAUUAUGUCACCUUCCAGAGGAGUUUCCGAACAGGGAUACAUGAACUCUCUAUCUGCACUUGGCUAAAAGUAGAUGCCAAGUAUUUUGGAACAAUUCUUUCUUACGCCACAGAGAACAAUGACAAUAUGCUUGUUCUCUAUGGCCGGAAUUCUGGCAUACUGGGCGUUAUGGAUUUUGUGAUUGGAGAUCCAGUGUAUCGUGAAUUAUCUUUACAAAAUAUCCUGGAUGGCCACUGUAACAUAGACUCGCGAUUCCAAGUUUUGAGUCGGCAGUUUGAGAGGAUGUCCAGAGAGCUCCGUGCAUUCAAGGAAACGACAGAUCACAGCCUGAAUUCCCUCAAAUCCUGGACUAAGAGUCUACAGAAAAAGACCAAGAGGCUUGAGUCGAGCCUAGCAAACAUGACGAGAGCUCUGAGGGAAAACAACCAUCUCAACCUUAGACAAAUCCAAAAGCAGAGAACAGGGUUGUCCAACUUGUCCCACAAGACCCAGAAACUGCAAAGUCACAUUGGCUCUUUGGAAUCCUUUAAGAAUCAGGUUCAACAUGGAAUGCGGGACCUUCAGGCCUCUCUCAAAAGGCAUCAGACCCAGAUAAUGAAGUUGGAGAGUCAGAUGCAAGGGUUGUUCAAGAUCAUUCCAACUUCCAAGGAAGGAGGAUUAGAUCCUCUCAAUUCUAUCAAGAAGCAACAAGGUGUGGUCCUGAGGCAUGUCCAGCCUAAACCGAAGUCUGAAGAAUACAGAAUGAGAGAUCGAUUGCGUUCUGGGCCCACCGAACAACCACAGACAAGCAAAAUAAGAGACAGACAAUAGCAGCUCUGGCAGAGCACCGUACAACCAACAGUUCAGGCUGAAGAGAAACCUUUUCUGCUUCCACUUCGACACAAAAUCCCACAUAUUCAAACCCCAAAGGAAGAAGCCAGAAUUUGCAAUGUGGGUUCGAUGCUUCUGUUCCCAUCUGCUUCCGCUGAAAAUUAUGUCACCUUCCAGAGGAGUUUCCGAACAGGGAUACAUGAACUCUCUAUCUGCACUUGGCUAAAAGUAGAUGCCAAGUAUUUUGGAACAAUUCUUUCUUACGCCACAGAGAACAAUGACAAUAUGCUUGUUCUCUAUGGCCGGAAUUCUGGCAUACUGGGCGUUAUGGAUUUUGUGAUUGGAGAUCCAGUGUAUCGUGAAUUAUCUUUACAAAAUAUCCUGGAUGGCCACUGGCACCAUUUAUGCAUCAUCUGGUCCUCCAUUGAAGGCAGGUUUUGGUAUUAUUUGGACCGUCAUCUCAUAUCUACUGGAUCCAAGUUCCAGAAAGGCUAUGAGAUCCCUCCUGGUGGCUCGAUGGUCCUGGGGCAGGAGCAGGAUUCGAUUGGAGGGGACUUUGAUGAAGCUGAAGCAUUUGUGGGCAAACUGGCUGGCUUUGUAUUGUGGACUAGGAGCCUGAGCCCUGGGGAAGUGUCUGGACUAGCCUCUGGCAAAGGGCUGCCACGAGGAGCAGUGCUCAGCCUGAAUGAUGUAGACCAGAUGUUUGGCUCUGUUCAUCAUAUUACCUGUGAGUGUCUGGAGCACUGCAUGUAAAGACACAACAGAAUGAGC